UCUGCCUGUGCCUGUCUGCGCCCCGAGCGGCUUUCGCCGGGUGGGAGAAGAAACGCGGGAGCGGCGCGUUCUCUGAUUGCGUCUCCGGAGGACUUUGUGCGACCGACACCUGGACUGCUGCCGGCGGGGACGGACCCCCAAGGACUUCGUGGGUUCCCGCUCCCGGCCGAAGAAGGAGCCGCGCAGAAGCUUUCGGCGGCCCGCCGCCCUCCGCCGGCUCCGGAGAGAGCAGAGCCGCGCCGAGGCGAGAGGACGCCGGCGGAGCUGCCGCGGGAACUAACUCGACGUUUCCCCCCCCUCCUCGGAAGAUGUUGCUUUCCAAGUUCGGCUCGCUGGCGCACAUCUGCAGCCCCAGCAUGGACCACUUGCCGGUGAAGAUCCUCCAGCCAGUGAAAGUGGAGAAGGAGCCGUUUGAUAAAGUCUACCAGGUGGGCUCCGUGCUGGGCAGCGGGGGCUUCGGCACCGUGUACGCCGGGAACAGGAUCGCCGACGGGCUGCCGGUCGCCGUGAAGCAUGUGGUGAAGGAGCGGGUGACCGAGUGGGGCACCAUUAGCGGCAUCAUGGUGCCCCUGGAGAUCGUCCUUCUCAAGAAGGUGGGCUCCGGCUUCAGAGGGGUCAUCAAGCUGCUAGACUGGUACGAGCGGCCCGACGGGUACCUGAUCAUCAUGGAGCGGCCCGAGCUGGUGAAGGACCUGUUCGACUUCAUCACGGAGAAGGGUGCCCUGGACGAGGAGACGGCCCGCGGGUUCUUCCGGCAGGUGCUGGAGGCGGUGCGCCACUGCUACGGCUGCGGAGUGGUGCACCGGGACAUCAAGGACGAGAACCUGCUGGUUGACCUCCGCACGGGCGAGCUGAAGCUCAUUGAUUUUGGCUCAGGGGCCCUCCUCAAGGAUACAGUCUAUACCGAUUUCGACGGAACGAGAGUAUACAGCCCUCCAGAGUGGAUCAGAUACCACAGAUACCAUGGGCGGUCAGCAACAGUAUGGUCUCUGGGAGUUCUGUUAUAUGACAUGGUUUGUGGAGACAUCCCUUUUGAGCAAGAUGAAGAAAUCUUGAGGGGGCGAUUAUACUUCAGGAGAAGAAUUUCACCUGAAUGUCAACAGCUGAUCAAAUGGUGCCUUUCACUGAGGCCUUCAGACAGACCAACACUUGAGCAGAUUUUUGACCAUCAAUGGAUGCACAAAUCUGAAGUAGUGAAGUCUGAGGACUGUGACAUAAGGCUACGGACCCUUGAUACUGAUGUAUCUAGCACAAGUUCAAGUAAUGAGAGUCUGUGAAUUACUAAGGACCUCGCACUGGGAGGGGGAGCUUCAAGCAGAAAGACCACAGUGCUGCUGCCAAUACAUAGGAGGGGCUAGAAAAAUGCAUUCAUUAUUCUGUAGUUGAAUCUUUGUCUGAGGGACUUGAUUUUGUUUUCCCCCUUUGCUGGUUUCUGCUUUGGAAUGAGAGAUUUCCUUUGGAAACGCUGAUGUUUGGGAGUUGCAGGCCAGUACUUAGUCAAAGACUGACCUUAUUAAGAAAGCAGUGACCUCUUGAAUACAUGGUAAACUUUUUUGCUCUCAUAGAGCCUGGACUAGAUUUUAUUUGCUUUUGAGUGCCUUUUUGAAAGCUGCUUCAGUGGGACUUUCUUUUUUGAGCUGUCUAUGUCCAAAGAAGAUCCAGUUCAUUAUAGGAAUUUGCUCCCUUUAGACUCAGUGCUGGAGGAAGCAGCUCCUAUGAUGCAUUGGAGAACCUGUUCGGUGAUUGAAUGAAGUAGUCCCAUCCACUGGUGAUGGAAUACUUGAACACAGACAUUUCACUCCUGCCCCCCUGCCCUUUACAAAUCCAACCCACCUCUGCUGCUCAAAAUAUUUCCUAUAGCCUGCACAGAAAUAUGAACAGGUAUAUCGGCUUCUUUAUCAGAAACAUUUAUUCAUGUUUCCUUUUAUCAUCUCUACCAUUGGGCAUGAGAAGCCCCUUUCUCAACUCCCCCCAGCCUUUUGUCACCCUGCGAGUCUUAAAGUAUGUAUGGGCAUGUUGAAUGCACAAUCAAUGCAAUAUUCAAGGACUUCUACUUUUUUUUUUU